CUCUGAUUUAAGAGGGGGAGGUUUGCAGCUGCCCGGGACUCUCUCGUUGAGGAAUAGUACUUAUUUCCCAGGAAUGGUCAAAAGUAUUUUACCGAGAAUCAUUUCGCUGCCACUUUUCCUUGUGAACAGCGGCACACAGAGCGGUUUUUCUCCUGUUUUUCCCCGAGUUGGAGAACUUUAGGACGCAGUUUCUUCAAAGUGAGGAGCGUAGAUUUCAUCGCGUGCGAGACGUGUUGGGAUAAAAGGACUACAAAAAAAAAAAAAAAACUGCACUCAUUAGUUUCUUCUGUGCUGAUCAUCUUAGGUGAGAUAUAUAAGGUGUUCGGAGCGGGAUAAAAAAACAAACUUUAAAUACCGACAUUUCACUAACGUUUUUUUUUUCCUCCCUGAAUCUGGAGGAGGAGGAGGGGGGCACAUUCUUUUCGUCCAUCGAUGAAGUUUGGUUUAGAAAUGCGCAAACUAGUUAGCUAGAAGUCGAUAUCUCGACGCAACAGAGCCUCGAUAACGGACCACACUUUAAAAGGCUGGAUUCACCAUUUUUCUUUUUUUUUCUGGAGUUUUCCUUGCAUCUAAUCUCAGCUGAGGACUCUUCCUUAUUCCUCUGACCAACUCUGCCCGCCAUCAAGUGCGCUGUGAAUGACGUGCAGCUGAUGUCCCAGGCAUCUGAAUGGAGUUCCAGUCGUGUACCAGGCAACAGUUGUAGCUCCUUCAGCAGGAUGCUGAUGAGGACAAGUGGACUGCUGUUUCUGACUUUCUUCACCCAGGUUCUGAGGAGCCACUGCCGCCCCGCUCACCCAGAUGAAGUCUCUGUGGAAGCGGAGCUGUUCACCCUGUAUCCCGGGAAGCGCUUGGAUCUGAGCUGCGUUUCCAAAGACUUGGGCCACACCGUUAACUGGACCAAAAACCACGUUGCCAUCGUGGACGGAGAGCACACACGCAUUCGCAAAGGCCAGCUGGAGAUCGAGGCGGUGGAGCCGCCUGACUCCGGCCUGUACGCGUGCACCACCUUCGGCAACUACAGCGUCUACUUCAACGUCACAGUUGAUGCCCAGGCCUCAUCCGAAGAUGACGAUGAUGAAGAAGAAUCUUCAUCGGAGGAAAAUAAACUGUCGACCACCGAGAAGCUGAUGCCAAUGGCCCCACAGUGGGCUCACCCAGAGAAAAUGGAGAAAAAGCUUCACGCUGUUCCGGCCAGUAAGACCGUGAAGUUUCGAUGCCAGGCCAGCGGCAACCCAACUCCCACCCUGAAAUGGUACAAGAACGGGAAGGAGUUCAAAAGAGACCAUCGCAUCGGAGGCUUCAAGCUGAGGGACCAAGUGUGGACCAUCAUCAUGGAGUCUGUAGUUCCCUCCGAUAAGGGAAACUACACCUGCGUGGUGGAAAACCAGUACGGCAGCAUCAAUCACACCUAUCAGCUGGAUGUAGUCGAGCGCUCCCCACACAGGCCGAUCCUGCAGGCUGGUCUUCCGGCCAAUCGUACCGUAGUGGUGGGCAGCGACGUGGAGUUUGAAUGCAAAGUGUUCAGCGACCCACAGCCUCACAUUCAGUGGCUGAAACACAUUAUGAUCAAUGGAAGCCGCAUCGGACCCGAUGGUGUUCCCUAUGUCCGCAUCCUGAAGCAUUCGGGGGUCAAUAGCUCGGACGCUCAGGUGCUCACCCUCUACAAUGUGACUGAGGAGGAGAGCGGAGAGUAUAUAUGUAAAGUGUCCAAUUAUAUAGGAGAGGCCAAUCAGUCGGCCUGGCUGACUGUCGUCAAAUAUGACCCUGCAGCUAUCACCCCGUACCCCCCAGCCAGCAGCACCUACCUGGAGGUGGUCAUCUACUGCGUUGGCUUCUUUCUGAUCGCCUUCAUGAUCACCAUCGUAAUAAUCCUCAAAAUCCGAGUCACCUCAAAGAAGAGCGACUUCAACGGCCAGCUGGCUGUCCACAAGCUGGCCAAAAGCAUCCCGCUGCGCAGACAGGUAACAGUUUCUGUGGAUUCAAGCUCCUCCAACCACUCUGGAGUGAUGCUGGUUCGUCCUUCCCGCCUCUCCUCUAGUGGCACUCCGAUGCUGUCGGGAGUAUCUGAGUGUGAACUCCCACAGGAUCCCCGCUGGGAGAUCUUCAGAGACAAACUUGUUCUCGGUAAGCCGCUGGGCGAAGGCUGCUUCGGUCAAGUGAUGAUGGGGGAGGUUCUGGGUCUGGACAAAGAGAAACCGAAUCGAGUGACCAAGGUUGCGGUGAAAAUGUUGAAACCUGACGCUACAGAGAAAGACCUGUCAGACCUGAUCUCAGAGAUGGAGAUGAUGAAGAUCAUUGGGAAGCACAAGAACAUUAUUAAUCUGCUGGGAGCCUGCACACAGGAAGGUCCACUGUACGUCAUCGUCGAAUAUGCAUCCAAGGGGAACCUUAGGGAGUACCUGCGAGCCCGGCGCCCUCCAGGAAUGGAGUACUGCUACAACCCGGACCAGGUUCCUCUGGAGACCAUGUCCAUCAAAGACCUGGUGUCCUGUGCUUACCAAGUUGCUAGAGGCAUGGAGUAUUUAGCAUCCAAAAAGUGCAUCCACAGAGAUCUGGCAGCUCGCAACGUGUUGGUGACGGAGGACAACGUGAUGAAAAUCGCAGACUUCGGCCUCGCUAGAGAUAUCCACCAUAUUGAUUACUAUAAGAAGACCACCAAUGGUCGUUUACCAGUGAAGUGGAUGGCUCCUGAGGCCCUGUUUGACCGGAUAUACACACACCAAAGUGAUGUCUGGUCGUUUGGAGUUCUGCUGUGGGAGAUCUUCACCCUGGGAGGCUCUCCAUACCCUGGGGUUCCGGUGGAGGAGUUGUUCAAGCUGCUGAAGGAAGGUCACCGAAUGGACAAGCCUUCGACAUGCACUCAUGAGCUGUAUAUGAUGAUGAGGGACUGCUGGCAUGCUGUGCCGUCUCAGAGACCCACAUUCAAGCAGCUGGUGGAGGACCUGGAUAGAUGUCUGGCCAUGACGUCCAACCAGGAAUACUUGGAGCUCUCUGUGCCUAUGGACCAAUACUCCCCCAGCUACCCUGAAACCCGGAGCUCCACCUGCUCGUCUGGCGAGGACUCUGUUUUCUCCCACGACGCAGGAGCGGAGGAGCCCUGCCUUCCCAAGUUCCCCCCUCACUCUAACGGGGCAGCCAUUAAGAAACGUUGAGACCUCAUUUUCAUUUUCCCUGCCUGCCUCAUGGGGUCGGACCCCCACCUCCCCCCCCACACACACAUUCCCAGAGAUGAAGCUAACAUGAAUAACUAUAAUCCUCUGUGAGAGGAGUUCUGAGACUUGUUGGACCGCUCGGACUGCGGCGUUGAUGAUGUUACGUGGGGCGCUCUGCCUCACCAGGAGCGGCGGUUUUCCUCACAGCUUCAGUAAAUAAGCAGACUCACAUUUACCCUCUUCACUUUGGGCAUUCCACGGUUGGGUCAGGAGAAUGAGGCGGACGGAUAAACAUGUUUUUCUACCUUUUCUUUUUUUUUUUCUUCUUUUUUUUAACUUUAAUGGUCAUAAUUCUGCUUUUUGGACCAAAUCCAGGAACUGCAGCGCCCUCAUUCACCCUCUCCCUGUAAAUACGGUUAGAAAAUAAAAAAAAUAUGAAUAUAUAUUUACAAUAUACUCUUAUUUUUAUUACCAUAACGGAUUUAUUGUCUUUUGUACAAGGAUGGUAUUGUUUGAUCUGUUUUCUAAUAUAGUCCAGGGGGGGGCUGUUGUUACAUGAGCUUAUUUUUAAAUAAUUGCUGAUAUUUCUGUGGCCAGUUUUCGUUUUUUCAGUUAUGAUCCCCUGUCUUCAUUUACUUCCAUAUCUCAACUUUGCAGUACAAACUAACUCCGUGCUUCGGGGGUUUUCUUCAGCAGAAGGAAGAUUUCCGAAGCCUUUUUUUUAUUUUAUUUUUCUUUCUUGCAAUGAUGUGUAUUCUCAACAGUGGUCGCAGCUGUAAAUAUCCCUGGUUGUACGCCGCGCUCUGUCAGCCUGCAGAGCGAUCCGCCUUGCUCAGCGUCACGCACUUCCACUGUGCCUGACUUUCAUGUGAUGAACUGUAUAACCGUAAUGUAAACGCUUUAACAGGGGGGGGGGGUUACAUUCGCUGCCGUCGCAGAACACGUAUGUCACCGUAAAAAAGAAUUGCAUUAAAUAAAAUAUUAUUGUUAAACAAGCUGAGCUUUCCGAGUAUGAACCUCACUCCAUAAAUGGAUCUAUAAAUAUUGUUUUUUUUUAUGUUUUGGGUGUGAAUGAUGUUUAUGGGGAUGAGUGCGAUGUUUGCCACUUCAGUCCCCUCGUCUCUUUAAAAGCAGGUUGCUGGGGUCUGAUUAGAUAUGAUAAUGUGCUGCUGACAUCAGAAGAAAUGCCGGAGAGUGCACGGAGUUACUAACUGGCAGUAAACGUGUGAUUUAUGACCGCGUUUCAGCGGCUUGGCGGAGUGCUGGUGCUGCUCUCCCCAAUCCAUCAGCUGCGCCAACCUUGAUGCCCGUCUCUGGCUUCCUGCCAUUGGCUGAUGCAUCACCUGGAUUGCCGUCUCCAUGCAACAGGCGAAACAUCUGACCCCUUUUUAAAAGCAAGCUCUCACAGCUUAGGUCAGUGCAGUUACCCUUUAGUGCAUUUUGUAUUACAUCAAAGGGCCUCAGUGAUUUAUUUGCUAAUGAAUAACAGAUCCAAGGUACUUUAACACCAACAGGAAUCAAAUCCUUUGAGAUGUGAAUCAGUUGUUUUUCCCCAAUAUCUCUUAACUUUGUUAUAUUUUGAGUCUAAACCUUAAUGAAGUGUUUAUCAGCUGUAUCUCUACCAGUUUUGUACGCCUAGAUUCUAACAUUUUCACUCAUAUCGUCCUUGAAACGGAAACAUCCCAAACCAGGGGUAGAAAGCGUCUGUCCUUAUGUGCCACUGCCCUGCAGCUUUUGCAUGCAUCCCUGUUUGAUACUGCCUGAAACAAAUGUCCAGGCUUAACUACCGAACAUGCCAUGGAGGUUGAGCGCUUUAGUUUGCGGCGUGGACCUCCACCCCUCUCUGAAGUCUUCUGCAUCAGGCUGCAGUCCUAUAACUUAGAUGCAUCUUAUUUACACAACUUGUGUAAAGAAAGAAGGGCUAGCAUAUGGAGGGAAUGCAUGCACCGCAUGUGAUCUCAAGGCAUGGCUGCUAAAUCCCUAUUGAACCAGAAAAGGAUCAUAUCGACCAGCAGGUGUACGAGUUUACCUCUAUAUCCCAAUGGUGUGCAGAGUUGGAUUUGCAUAAUAUUUUGCAUUCAGGCCCCCAAUUCUACAUUUUUUUAUUUCUCGUAUUCGGGGUGCUGCUGCGGUGCGGAGGUAGAGUGCAUGACCCAAACACAUCUCAAGUCUCCGCUAAGUGCGGAGCCCAUUCCCCCCGUCCUGCUCUCCCUCCGCUGGCUGGCGUCGG